AUGUUUUUUUUUUUUAAAAAAAGGUUAUCUCAUACCUGUUUAAAAACGUUUUUUAAGUACGCACAAAGAACAUCAUUAAAGCCAAAAUCAGCAUAUUAUAAAGGGGUUUUUUAUGAAUAUAUAGUUCAGAAUACUUUAAAGAAAUAUAAUAUGGAUUUGUGGAGGGUUGGAGGUAGAAAUGAUCAAGGUAUUGAUCUUCGAGGAUAUUGGUAUUAUGAAAGAGAAAAGACAAAAUAUAAAUUACCAGUAAUUAUUCAAUGUAAAAAUGAAAAAAAAAAGAUAGGAUCAAAAUAUAUUCGUGAAAUGAAUGGAGUUUUAUCAGGAGAAAAUGAAGGAAUUUUAGGGCUAAUUUCUUGUUGUGGAUUUACAGAAAUGGCACAAAAACAAUUGUUAAAAGCAUCAAAAGCCAUGGGAAUAUGUAUAAUAUCAUCAAAAAAUGAAGAUGGAUUUCUUGAGAAAUUUAUUUGGAAUAUGGAAGCUAGUAAAUUAAUUCAAGGUUUUGGGGUACAAUUUCGGUAUAAAGAAAUAGACAAUAUAAUACAAAAAGAACUUGUAUUAACAAUAGAUAACAAACCAAUAAAAUAUAAGCACUAUGAUGAGAAGGAAAAUAGAUGAUAUUAUAGACAUAGUAUAUUAAAAUGGAUAACAUAAAAAAGAAUAGAAUAACCUUAGUAAUAAGUUAGCUUUUUUUGUUGCAUGAAAGAAUGAAUAAAUUGCUGAAAAAAAGGUAAAAAUGGCAUAAAAUGAAGAAUCGACAAGAAAAAUGACAAAAUGUUAACCAAAUGAUGCAAAAAAUACGUAUAAUAAAACCCAUAAACAGUUAAAAAGACAGAAAAUAUUAAAAGAAUGAUGUCAAGUGCCUUUGCCAUUCUAAUAUAAUAUCAAUAUAAAAAUAAUUUGAUCCUAAUUUUUUAUACUUAGGUUCUGCUUGCAUAAUCAUUUUUUCAUUAGCCAAAAAUUCAACAAGAGUAAUAAUAGGCAAGACAGAAAAAAUGUUAUGGUGAGAUGAAAAUGGUAUUAUCCAAUUUGUCGAUAUCUUUUUUGCCCAUACAAUUAAAACUGGAAUAUUAAAAGGUAAAUGUAAUAACAUUAAGAUUAAGACAGAAUAUACAUAAUUUCUAAAAUUUUUAUAAUGCAAGGCUUUUUCAAGGCCCUAAAGUAUAAGUUUUUUUAAGAAAAAUAGAUAUUUACUAUACCAUUUUUUGAAUAUUUAGAUAUGUUUUAAUACAUGUAAAAAACUGUAUAACACAUGCUAAAAGAUAUGCAAAUUGGUAAGGAACCAUUACUGCUACAAGAGAUAAUAACGAUAAAAUUGCUAUUAACCUUUGUUUAAAUUUUAAAGAAAAAUUAAAAGAACAAAAGAAAUGCCU